UAGUCAGUUCCAGUGAACGAAAUACGUUUCGCGCCUAUCGCAUCGAGUCCGGUGGCAAUGAUCGAGUUCCAGAUAAAAAAAUAUUAGGGUUUGGGGUUAACUUUUACCGUGCCUAAAAUAAAUACAGGAUAGCAAGUGGCAAAUUGAAACGCCUAUUCGCCUAAAGCCCUAAAACACAGAAUUUCAGACCAAAAAAGUGCCGAGUUGUCCGAGUCUCGAAUCGACUCGUAAAUUGAAAUUGUACUUAUGGGGUCCGACUUCGCGGGGUUGUGAGAAUCAGAAUUUGCCAAUUUUUACCUGGUGCAUUUAGUUCGAAUUCGGAAGUUGGACGCUCCCUCUGUGUCUUCUUCUUCUUCUUCUUCUACCUAAAUGGUUUCUCCAUUUUCUCUUCUUCUUCAUCAUCAUCUUCUUCGUGGUUAUCUUCAUCGAGUAAGAAACCGAAAGCUCCGUUUAUACCUUCUUUCGAGUUUUAGCUCCUGAGAUUUAUUCGUCCAUGGAGUGCAACAAAGAAGAGGCUCUUCGAGCGAGAAAUAUUGCCAGAAAAAAGAUUGAGAACGAAGACUAUGAGGGUGCGAAGAAGAUGCUUAUUAAAGCAAGAAAGCUCUUUCCUGACGUCGAAGACAUAGAGCAGCUGAUCGAAAUAUGCAACAUUUUUUUGGCAUCUAAGAUUAAAACCCCGAGCUCAGAUAUUGAUUGGUAUGCAAUUCUCCAACUCCCAUAUAAUGCAGAUCAGGAUUCAAUCGAAUCGCAGUACGAAAGGUUUGCGAUUCUCUUGGCUCCUGAUAAGGACCGGUAUCCUCGAGCUGAGCCAGCCUUACAGCUGUUGGAUGAGGCCUUUGCAGUGCUUUCUGAUAGGGAGAGAAGGUUUGCAUACGACUUGAGGAAUCUGAUCCGAAAUGAUUCCCUAGCUGAACAACAAAGGGGUUCAUUGAGUGGUCAUGAUGAUUCUCACGAUUGGGGAAGGGAGGGAAACACAAAGCAGAAGAGGAAGGUUAAUGAGACCCCUAAUGGGCCUGCCUUUGUGCUGGGGUUACCAAUCCCAUCUCAGAAGAAGUCAAAAAUCUCUUCAGCCAAUGGAGGAACAGUGGUCAAGAGCCAUGUUCCUAAAAUUGAGCUGGAAGAGAGAGAAGCCCAUGGAACUGCUAGAGAGAGUGGUUCAAGUCUCCAUGGACUCAAAGAACUGCCUGAUGCUUCUCAGGAUGAUGGCCUACAAAGGCAGGCUUACACCCACGGGGUAAACCAGAUGGGGGUUCCAUCAUUGUCAUGGGAUCCCAGUAAAGGAGAGGCAGCUAAUGCUUGUGUCGGUGCUGAAAUUGCCUCUACCUCCUCCCAACAUGAGCACAAUGACCCAGAGGUUGACUUCUUCGGUUUUGAGAAGAAUCGGAGUAUUGGUCUUUUCGCUAAGGACCAAGUUUGGGCCACUUAUGAUGAACAUGGCAUGCCUCGAUGCUAUGCUCGUAUAGAUCAGGUGCUCUCAUCGAACUUCAAGCUGCGUGUUGCAUGGUUGGAACCAAGUUUCUUGCCUGGUUGGGACAUGAGAUGGAAGUACAAAUCAGUGGGUUUUCCAGAUGGUUGUGGGAUCUUCAGGAUUGGCAAAAAAGCUGUGGUUGAUAAUCACUACAUAUUCUCUCACAUCCUUUUUUCUUGUGAGAAGAAUGAGCAGUCCAGAACUUAUAAUGUUUACCCCAGGAAAGGCGAUGUUUGGGCUAUUUACAAAGAUUGGAAUGUUACCAAGCAAUAUCAUUAUCUAGGUAGUCCAAGGAGACAUGUAUUCCAAAUUGUAGAGAUCCUUGAGGACUAUGACCAUGCCCUUGGCUCUAGGGUUGCAUACCUGAUUAAGGUAGAAGGAUUCAGAAGCCUCUUUCGAAGGCACACCAGUGAUGGGGUGGAUGUUGUGAUUCAGAUUCCUCCAACUGAGCUCCCGAGGAUUUCCCAUCAAAUUCCUGCUUUUAAAACCUCAGGGGAUGGAAAUGGGUCCACCCCUGAGGAAUGUCUAGAGCUUGAUUCUUGUUCGCUGCCUCCUGUUAUUGAUGAUUUCACUAACAGGGUGGACCCAAAUACUAAUUUUUGUCUGUACACUAAAUUUCUUGAUGUAAAGGGCUAUGGGUGGCGCGAUGAUUUUGGGCCUGAUCAAUUAUGGGCUGCCUAUGAUGACUAUGAUGGGAUGCCUCGAUACUAUGCACGUGUUAACAGAAAGCUCAGUUCUGAUUUCACAGUGUGUGUCACUUGGCUUGAACCCGACCCCAUCUCUGAGGAAGAGAAGAGAUGGUAUAGGGCAGGCCUCCCUGUAGCCUGUGGGAAUUUCAGGCUAAAGAAAAGCACAAUUACUCGACAACAUCUGAUGUUUUCUCAUCAACUUACAUGGCAACUUGGGAUUUCAGGUGUGCACUUCACUAUCUACCCAAAAAUUGGGGAUGUAUGGGCAGUAUAUAAAUACUGGCAUAUCAGGUGGAGCUCCGGUUUGUGGAGGCCCAAAGAGUUUGAAUAUGAUAUGGUCGAGGUGCUCACAAAUUACAGUAGGGAUAGGGGUGUGAAGGUGGUGCGCUUGGUCAAGGUGGAAGGGCACAAGGGGGUCUUUCAGAGACAGAAAGAUGAUGGGGUAGAGGCCUCGUUCCACAUCAUGGGAAAUGAGCUCCUCAAGUUCUCUCACCAAGUCCCUGCUUUCAAGAUCAGAAGGGGGUUGGCGAGUGCCUUACCAGAGGGGUCAAUGGUGUUGGACCCUCUGUCGAUUCCCAAUUGUGUAAUCAAUGAAUUGGAUCCCUCUUCUCUAGAGAAAAUAAAGGAGAUGUGUGAAGAAGGUGGGGCAGGAAUUCAGACAAAGGGAGUAACAGAUAUGAGGGGAGUUCAAACGAGUGAUAAAAUUGAGAACGAUAGAGUUCAAAGAGAGAGAGAAGAGGUGAACAGAGUAGUUGGUUUCUUAGCGAAUCCAUUGCCUCCACCGAGCCCCUCAUUAGAUAUAUAUGAUCACCUAAAUUCAGAGUUCCAUGACUUCAAGUCCAUCCGACUGCUGGACAACUUCUCAUUGGACCAAGUUUGGGCGAUAUAUGAUGGGAGUGAUAGAAUGCCUCGGUCCUAUGCUCGGGUAAAGGAAAUCAUCCCUGUCGACCUUAAGGUGCAAGUGACCCAAUUAAAGCCCCACCCCACUCUAGAAGAUGAAAUGGUGUGGGUUGAAGAGAGCUUGCCCAUGGCAUGUGGGAUUUUUAGAGAGGGUAAAUCUGUGGUCACCAAAAGUGUAUUGGAUUUCUCACAUCUUGUCUCGUGUGAUUGGAGUAGCCCAAAGUCUUUCUUCAAAAUUCUUCCAAAGAAGGGGGAAGUAUGGGCUCUAUACAAAAGGUGGAAUCUUGGUUGGAAGCAUAUUGACCUGGAGAACAGUGACUAUCAGAUGGUAGAAAUCCUCUCUGAUUUCACUGAGAAAUCAAGCAUGGCAGUUGCUUGCUUGAUUGAAGUAGAGGGCUUCAGAUCAAUUUUCCAACGGCAUGUGCACGAAGGCUUUGAGUUAGUUCGAAAAUUAUCAAGAAAUGAGCUGAUGUGCUUUUCCCAUCAGGUUCCUGCUUUUAGAGUGAAAGGGGAGGAGAGAGAGGGCAUCCCAGAAGGCUGUUUGGAGCUUGAUCCUGCUUCAAUGCCUGUCCAUGGGAUUAUUAGUUAUGAUGUUAGGUAAAUUAUUACUAAUUCAUGUUUUUGUAUUUUUACUGAUAAUUCAGUCAUCUUCUAUUUAUGUUCUUCAUAUUUGAACAAGCUCCUUAAGCUUGAGGAUAAAAUUGGAGGCUGAGUUUUCUGAUGUACUGUGAUGAUUAUUGAAUAAGUAGAGCUUUGGGUCCUUGUAAUA